AUGGACAUCUUCACAGGAAGGACGUUUGUUCUAACAUUCUUAAUUGCUUCAUGCUUUAUUAUUAAUUCACAAUGUGAAACACUUGUAGAAGGAUGUUCCUCACACUGUCAUCCAGCUUUCGAUUCGACUCUUGAAUGUUUCAACAAAACGUUGAAGUUCUUCGAAACUUCUUUAUUUGGAGUAAUGCGCAAUUAUGUCAGAUCAGAGAUCAAUGUUGCUACCAGUCGUAAAAAUAAAGUUCCUUAUACUAAAGAAGAGCUUGUAACACGAACAGUCAACGUUAUGAACACCGUGCAACCAAUGGACAUAGAAGAUGAAGGUGGAGUAUUGAAUGCUGAUCAAGCUAAACCAAUCGUUCAAUCAUUAGUGGAUAAUGUCCAAGCGCUAUUACCUUCAAAAGGAUUUUUGAGUGUUGAAUGUCCGAUUGCUUGUGAGAAGAGUGAUUCGCCUUUCAGUUACAUAAUUUAUGGAUCUAUGGGAUUGAACUUGAUUUUGUUUGUACUUGGAUUGAUACUCAUAUUCAUAAGUGAGAAAAACAUUGCUGCAAACAUUCGAAUGGAAACGGACAUCCUGGUCACUAAAGAAGAACUCAAAAUGUAUAAGAAGUUGAAAAAAGAAAACCUAGCUCAAUAA